AUGUAUGCCCCAAGCCGCGUGGACAUGAGUGUCGUCUUUGCCUUGACGCUCUUCUAUCAGCCCAUAGCGGCGUUGGGAACCAACUUCCUCAACCACACCUCCCUGCUAACCGGUCUUGAAGAUCCAGACUGGUUCGAAGAAAACAUCCCCUUUCUCGACGUCCCUGACGCCCAAAUCCAAGCAGUGUAUUUGUACUACUACCGCUACCAAACCUACAAGGAACAUCUCGUCUACACCGGUGCCCAAUACGGGUACACGGCAAGCGAGUUCCUGCACCCAGUUGACUACGGUGCUCCAUACGGCGGCGUGGUAGCCGCUGCCGGCCAUCACAUAACCGAGGGCCGCUGGCUGCGCAACCACCGGUACGGCCAGGGCGUCGCCAACUACUGGUUAGCCGGCCCCGGCACGUUUUCCAAGCCGACCACAGAUAAUGUCAACGCCGAUACGAGCGACUGGGCCCACGAGUACAGUUUCUGGGCUGCUAGUGCUCUCUGGCGGCAUUCUCUUGGUUUGUACUGGCAGGUUCCGGUCUGGGACGCCACCGAGUACACGGCUGCGUCGUACGAGUCGAGCGAUCCGUAUCAUGGUGGUGCUGGCUACCGCCCGACCAUCAACUCGUAUCAGUAUGGUGAUGCGCGCGCUAUUGCCGCCAUUGCUGCCCUAGCCGGCAAUCGGGACAUCAGCACGGAGUACACACAGCGCGCUGAUGCGUUGCAGAAGGCGGUGCAGCAUAUAUUGUGGGACACGAACGCCCAGAACUACAAGCACCGGGCCCGCGACAACAAUCCGUCUGGAGCGCUGCUGACGACACGCGAGAUCAUGGGUUAUUUGCCUCACUCGGCAGCCUUUGCGCAGCUGAAGGACUCCCAGGGCUUUUCCGCCAGAUAUGGACCCACGACGGCUGAGCGCCGCAGCAAGUUGUAUAUGCACGAAGCCACUACGUACUGCCGAUGGGACGGUCCCUCGUGGCCUUUUGCCACCUCGCAAACGCUGACGGCGGUGGAGAACCUGCUGAACGACUAUCCUGCGCAGACGUACUUUUCCGCGGCAGACUACCUCGGCUUGCUGGGAGGGUACGCUGCGACCCAAUACAAGAACGGCCAGCCAUAUGUGGCCGAGGCGCAUGAUCCUGAUGCAGAUGUCUGGAUGUACGACAGCUCCGACCACAGCGAGGACUACAACCAUUCCACCUUUGUGGACAACAUCAUCGCCGGCCUCAUCGGCCUGCAUGCUCAGCCUGACGACACCUUGGUGAACAGCCGCUGGACCUCCUACGCCAGUCCCAAUGCGCAAGACUACUUCGCCCUCGACCUCCGGCGACCUCAGGCCGUGUCGGACGUCAGAUUGUACUUUUACGACGACGGCGGCGGCGUUCGGCGGCCGGCCAGCUACGACCUUCACCAGACCAAAAUCACCUUUCCGACCAUCGUCACCUCACAACUACGGGUGGUCGCACCCAACCCGGGCGCCGGCAACGGCUGGGGUCUGUCCGAAUUUGAAGUUUGGACUUCGGCCGUGUUCCAGCUGCGCAACGAGAACAGCGGAAAGCUCAUGGGGGUUGCCGGCAUGUCGACGGCCAACAGCGCCAACAUCCAGCAGUACGAGGACAACGGUACACGCGACCACCUGUGGGAGUUUGUCCGCGCCCCGGGCGGCUGGUUCAAGAUCAGGAACCUCAACAGCGGUCUCUUGCUAGGCGUGCAGGGUGCCUCAACUGCCAAUAGUGCCGUGCUUCAGCAGUAUGAGGAUAACGGCACCAGCGACCAUCUUUGGCGGAUCGUCUCCCAAGGGAAAGGCCUUUUCUUGCUAAAGAAUAGGAAUAGCGGUCUCUUUGCCGGCGUGGAUGGCAUUUCAACUGCCAAUAGCGCGAAUAUCGUGCAGUUUGAGGAUAAUGGGACCAAGGAUUACUUGUGGAGUAUCCUUCCUGCCGUGCCAGCCAGUUGA